UCCGCGCUUCCGCGCUUCCGGAGUGGGAGUGCUUCCGGCGUGUGCGUGCGCUUCCCAGCGCGGUGAGCCCCGGCGUGCUGUGGCGAUGGCGGCUGGCGGUAGCGACCCGCGGGCCGGCGACGUAGAAGAGGACGCCUCACAGCUUAUCUUCCCCAAAGAGUUUGAAACAGCUGAGACGCUACUAAAUUCAGAAGUUCAUAUGCUUCUGGAGCAUCGAAAGCAACAGAAUGAGAGUGCAGAGGAUGAACAGGAACUUUCUGAGGUCUUCAUGAAAACUUUAAAUUACACAGCCCGUUUCAGUCGUUUCAAAAACAGAGAGACCAUUGCCAGUGUCCGUAGCUUGUUGCUCCAGAAGAAGCUUCAUAAGUUUGAGUUGGCCUGUUUGGCCAACCUUUGCCCAGAGACUGCUGAGGAGUCAAAGGCAUUGAUCCCAAGCCUGGAGGGGCGGUUUGAAGAUGAGGAGCUACAGCAGAUUCUUGAUGAUAUCCAGACCAAGCGCAGCUUUCAAUAUUAAUCUCCAAAUACCGCUCUGCUGCUGAGGGAACUACAUCGCAAGCCCAGCACCACUGCCCUGGUGUGUGGAGCUGACUUACACAGAAAUUCCAUUGCAGAAGACACUUGGGCUUCCUUUGGAUAGAACAGUCCAGCUUGGUCUUGGUUUAGGUUGCUAUUUCAGACUUGACUGUUGGACCAUGAUAACCUGACCUUGCCUCUGGCAAGGGUGAGGUGGGGUGAUGCACAUAUAAGCUACACUAUUGACUACCUCAUACCACGGUUAUUUUAAAAAAAAAUUUUUUUGUUUUAAGAUUCUAUUUUUUUAAGUAAUCUCUACCCCUAUUGUGGGACUUGAACUCACUACUCCAAGAUCAAGAGUGGCAUGCUCCACUGACUGAGCCAGCCAAGCACCCCUUUUUUAAGAUUUUAUUGUUUUAGCCCCUGUGUUAUUUUUGAUUCCUAAGAUUUCAUGUUUUAAUUUCAAUGUGUUUAUAGUUUUUGCAUGUACUUUUGCAUAAGAUGACAGUCUUCUCUAAAUGCAAAAGGAAGAAUUAAGGGGCACUUGGCUGACUCACUUGAUAGAGCACGUGACUCUUGAUCUCGGGGUGGUGAGUUCAUGCCCCACAUUGGGCAUGGAGCCUACGAGAAAAGACAAGCAAAAAAUCCCAAACAGGAACCCCAAAUACAAAUGCAAAAGGAAGACUUAAACCAGCCCUGUGCCAUCAUCUGAAAUCCUUAUGGAAAGGAUGAUGGUGCUAAUGACUGUGAGACAGCAUUGGCAUCAUCGUGCUUAACCCAGAAGUAAGGAAGAAGCUCACCAUGGAAAGCAGUUACACCAAGGAUAACUGCCAAGCAUGGAGGGCCCGUACAUAGCCUUGAGGUACAUCAGCAUUUGACCUUUUUUUCUUCGACUGUUGAAGAGUAUAGAUUUGGAGGAGUGGUCCUAAAGCACUAUUUUCUCCUAAAUUAAGAUUUUUUUUCCUUCAGAGGUCAGGCUUGAAGGACUGAUCACUUUGAAGACUCCUUGGAUGGGGCAUCCAGUCCAAACCUCUGUCUUGCUACUUAGCGGCAGGUGAUGUCUGAUGGGGGUGAUUUGGAAAGAGGGAGCCUGCCCCUUCCUGAGCCACUACAGUGAAGUCACUCGAUGUAAAACAAGUUGGGGGAAACUAUUUUAAUAGCUAAACAUUCUAGCUUUGUGCAGUGGCAGUAUUGUAGCCAAUGAGGUUUAUCCAAGGUGCAAUUGUUGCUAAUUGAAAGAAAAAAAUUGCUAAACAUUUUAGCUUUGAUUUUUCUGAAAGGAAAAAUAUGCCUGUUUUCUUCACAAUUUGGAGAUUUUUUCUUUGGAGCACUUGUUGGCUGCAAAUGAACGCAUGAUUCAAAUAAAAGGUUGGAGAAAUAACAAA